CAGUAUUACUCUCGGUGCAACAGAAGGAAACUGCAAGAAGGUUCAGCCGAAGCGAGCCAGGGACACUCUUCCCAAUUACUUCUGGUGUCUGCAAAGAGAGGUCGCCGGCCCAAGGAGGCGAGGCCGAAAGGACCUAGAGUGGUGACGGACAGGGAGGAGGAGUCGGGGGUCCCCCCCCCCCCCGUGAGGUGGAAAGUUGCGGACUGGCCAAAGCCUAAGGUGCAAGCGCCACAGCCCAGGGGACGGUGUGUCUGGGAGAAGACGCUGCCCCUUGCGUCGGGACCCGGAGCGCGCGGGCACCGCGGGGCGCGCGGGCCGACGCCCCCUGCUGCGGCGUGGACUCUGGCAGUGACCCCCCUCCUGCACCCCGAUUAGGAGGAGGAAUAUGGCAUCAAAGGCUGCCCCCUCGUGCCGUCUGAUCGUCUGCCUCCUGACCGCCGCCGCCGUCCUCAGGCCAGGCUUUGGAUGGUACACUGUAAAUUCAGCAUAUGGAGAUACCAUAGUCAUGCCUUGCCGACUUGAUGUACCUCAGAACCUUAUGUUUGGAAAAUGGAAAUAUGAAAAACCCGAUGGUACCCCAGUAUUUAUUGCCUUCAGAUCCUCAACAAAGAAAAGUGUGCAAUAUGAUGAUGUGCCAGAAUACAAAGACAGAUUGAGCCUCUCAGAAAACUACACUUUGUCUAUCACUAAUGCAAGGAUCAGCGAUGAGAAGAGAUUUGUGUGCAUGCUAGUAACGGAGGAUGAUGUGUUUGAGGCUCCGACAGUAGUCAAGGUGUUCAAGCAACCAUCUAAACCUGAAAUUGUAAGCAAAGCACCAUUUCUUGAAACACAGCAGCUACAAAAGUUGGGUGAUUGCAUUUCAAAAGACAGUUACCCAGAGGGCAACAUCACAUGGUACAGGAAUGGAAAAGUGCUACAACCUCUGGAAGGAGCUGUAGUCAUCAUAUUUGAAAAGCAAAUGGACCCAGUUACUCAACUCUAUACCAUGACCUCAUCGCUGGAGUAUAAGACAACCAAGGCUGAUAUACAGUCGCCGUUCACCUGCUCUGUGACAUAUUAUGGGCCAUCUGGUCAGAAAACUGUUCAUUCUGAACAAGCAGUCUUUGAUAUAUACUAUCCUACAGAACAGGUGACAAUACAAGUGCUGCCACCAAAAAAUGCCAUCAAAGAAGGAGACAACAUCACCCUUACAUGCUUGGGAAAUGGCAACCCUCCACCUGAAGAGUUUUUGUUUUACUUACCAGGACAGCCUGAAGGAAUACGAAGCUCAAAUACUUACACGUUGACAGAUGUGAGGCGCAAUGCGACAGGAGACUACAAAUGCUCCCUGAUCGACAGAAACAGCAUGAUUGCCUCAACAGCCAUUACAGUUCACUAUUUGGAUUUGUCCUUAAACCCAAGUGGGGAAGUGACCAAGCAGAUUGGCGAUGCCCUGCCUGUGUCCUGCACAAUAUCCGCAAGUAGAAAUGCGACUGUGGUGUGGAUGAAAGACAAUAUCAAACUUCGAUCUAGUCCAUCGUUUUCCAGUCUCCAAUAUCAGGAUGCCGGAAAUUAUGUCUGUGAAACUGCUCUGCAAGAAGUUGAAGGACUAAAGAAAAGAGAGUCAUUGACUCUCAUUGUAGAAGGAAAACCUCAAAUCAAAAUGACAAAGAAAACUGAUCCCAGUGGACUAUCUAAAACAAUAAUCUGCCAUGUGGAGGGUUUUCCAAAGCCAGCCAUACAGUGGACCAUUACCGGCAGUGGAAGCGUCAUAAACCAAACAGAGGAAUCUCCUUACAUCAAUGGCAGGUAUUAUAGUAAAAUUAUCAUUUCUCCUGAAGAGAAUGUUACGUUAACUUGUGCUGCAGAAAACCAGCUGGAGAGAACAGUAAACUCCUUGAAUGUCUCUGCUAUAAGUAUUCCAGAACACGAUGAGGCAGACGAGAUAAGUGAUGAAAACAGAGAAAAGGUGAAUGAUCAGGCAAAACUAAUUGUGGGAAUUGUCGUUGGCCUCCUCCUGGCUGCCCUUGUUGCUGGUGUUGUCUACUGGCUCUACAUGAAGAAAUCAAAGACUGCAUCAAAACAUGUAAAUAAGGACCUAGGAAAUUUGGAAGAAAACAAAAAAUUAGAAGAAAACAAUCACAAAACGGAAGCCUAAGAGAGAUUCUGUAGUAGUUGUCCAG